AUGAAGCUCAGAGAUAGUGGCGAAAAGGUUCAGGCGGCUAUGGCGGGGUUAUCGGCAUGGCUCGACAUGAAGAUGGAAGGGAAGAGCUAUGAAACCAACGUUGACUCCGAUGUUCUCGUUAGCCAUGAAGCUAUCGCGAAGGUGAGUGCUGCUUGGGUUGGCUCUGCUUCGAAGGAUGAUCCUUUGAUCGACCUUAUCAACUCGAACCUCAAAGGCCUACCGCCUAUAUACCUCGCCACAGGAUCUGCUGAAAUGGUAGCAUCAGAUGCGGAGCGGCUCGCAGAGCGUGCCAGGGCAGCUGGGGUUGAGGUGCAUCUAGAGUUGAGCGAAGGGAUGCAGCACUUGUAUUUUUUCAUGGUCGGCAAGGCACCCGAAGCUGAUAAGACAAUGCGGUUUGCCCACAAUUUUUUGAAGGAGAAGUUGGGCUUGUAA